GUUUUCCUCGGGCUCCUGCCGGGAUCAGCACCUCUCACGGCCCCUGUGCCCUGACCGCCGUUCUCCGACGUCCCCUGAGCCCCGCGCGGGGGAGGCGCGGCCAUGGCUGCGCCCUGAGGAGCGGCGGCCCUGUCGGUGCAGCAGUUCUUCACUUUUGCCUAAAAUGGCCAAGCAUAAUUCUCUAUCACUGGUUGAAGUUGUAAAAGAAGUUGCAGAGCGGCAGCAUUUGCAGGCAUCAGAGAUAGAAAAAAGCAAAACAGUUCUUUUCCAAUUGCAGGCAAAGUUUCAGGAACUAGAAAAGGAAAUGAAUUCUAUUCUGUUAGAACAAAAGACAACAGAAAGGGAAAUACAUCUGCAAGAUGAUGCCAUAGAAGUGACAAAAUAUCACUGUGAAAAUCUGGAGGCCCAAGUCAGAGCCCAGUAUUCUGAAAAUUUAAAGCUGAGGUGUGAUGCAGAAACAGUGCAAGAAGAAUUUGAGAUGAUACUUGAAAGAAAUAAUGAAUAUCGGGAAAAAAUAAAGAAUCAUAAACAUCUCUUCUGGGAGAUGGAUAAUAAAAUGCCAGUUAUGAUUGAGCUUGCUAAAAAGAAGGCUAUUGUUGAAGAGUUAAAGACAAAGAAAGAGGAGUUAAUGCAUGAUCUCCAGAAUCCAGAAGGAUCUGUAAUAAAACAAGUACAGGAAGAAGUUACACUUCUAAAAAGUGAAAUCACAACAUUGAAAGAUUUCAUCGAUCAAAAAACAGCUUUGCUGGAAGAAGAGAAAAAAAAGCAUGCUAAGCUUAGAAAAGAAAUUGAGGUACAGAAUAAAAGAUAUGAUGCUAUUUUAAAACGUUUGCAUUGCCAACUGAACAAAGUCCAUUCAAAUAAAAGACAAUGGCACUGGAACAUUCAGCAGUUGGAGAAAAAGGCAACAGAACUAAGAAAGUGUCUUGGAGUAGUGGAGUUACAAAAUAUCAUGUAACAAACAUAACAAAGCUAGAAUGUAGGUAAUCUUUCCCAGGCAGGGGAGGCUUUUUUUCUGGAAAUACUACAACUCUUAAAUAGCAUGGUAACUGGGCCAGACCUCAUUGAUUUCUUUCUUUUUAAAGUUUUUUGCACUUUCAUUUUCUAGACUAAACUAAAAUGGUUUUUUGUUUGGUUGGGCUUUUUUGGUUUUGUGAGUUUUGUGUUGUUGGUUUUUGGUUUUGUU